GCCCUAUUGUCUUUUUUGAAGCUGAAACCGAAAGUAGGCGAGAAGACGACACUAUAAGCGCCGUUCUUAUCACUUUACUCUGACUUUAAAUAUUUUCACGUGGAUUUCAAAUGGAUGAUAAAAGCAUGGAUCUUCAGAGGCUUCUUGAGAUUGAUGAGGACCUGGAGAAAGGUGAAGUGGCUCAGCUUAAGUUUCUCUGCACUGACCUAGUUCAGAAGAAGCGUUUGGAGACAGUGACUGAUUUCAAAGAUCUCUCUCAAAGACUUGAGGAGCAGGAACUGCUCGAUGAUGGGCUGCUCAUCCCUGAGCUUCUCAUCACAAUUCGACGCCUCGACUUGCUAAAGAUCCUAAACACGUCCAAAGAGCAGGUGGAGCGUUAUUUGGCACAUGAUGACUGUAAGCGUGUCUCACCGUACAGAAAGAUGCUUUUUCAAUUGUCUGAGGACAUGACUGAAGAAAACCUUCGUAUUGUGAAGUUUCUUUCGGAUCUUCCAAAAGCAAAACUUGAAACAUGUACUUCAUUUCUAGACAUUAUUAUUGAGAUGGAAAAGCAACAGAAGCUUGGAGAAGAAAACCUGGAUGAACUGAAAGAUAUUCUGGAUAAAUGUGACAAACAGCUGGCUGACAGAAUAGAGAAGUUCAGGAACACGCAGAGAGACCGGGAACAAGUAGGGGUCAGACCUCCUCUACAGGAAUUAUAUAAUCAUGAACACUUUAUACCCAACUAUCCUGACUAUAUGGGGACAGAUAUGAGUGGACUAAGGAGACCCUCUCUUGGUCUUGCGACUGAUUCACAGAUUGAGAAACAGACAACCACAUAUGAUGAGAAGGACUACUAUCCCAUCAGUCAUAGACCUGUAGGACACUGUUUAAUCAUCAACAAUUACGACUUCGAAAUGUCCGAAACAUCUGACGGUCUGAAAUUACGCAACCGAAAAGGCACAGAUACAGACAAAGAAUCACUUGAGAGAGUAUUUAAGAAAAUGCAUUUUGAGAUUACUGUGAAAGAUGAUCUCACAGCCUCAGAGAUGCUCGAACUGGUGAAGCAGUUUGCAGAAAAGGAUCACUCUCAAAUGGACAUUUUCGUGUGCUGUGUCCUCUCCCACGGAGAGAAAGGUGCAGUCUACGGUGUAGAUGGCAAGCAGGUUGAAAUCCGUGAGCUCACGCAGCACCCAGCUAAAUGCCAAACAUUGGCUAACAAGCCUAAGCUUUUCUUCAUUCAAGCCUGCCAAGGUAAAGUGGGCCAGAAAGCCAUGUGGAUGGCGGAUGGGCCGGAGCAAGAAGAAGGAACAUAUGAAGAGGAUGCUCAAAAGGUUGCGUACAACAGUAUCCAUAUAGAAGCUGAUUUGUUAAUUGGAAUGGCCACAGUAGAGGAUUACCAAUCUUACCGUCACACCACAGAGGGAUCCAUUUAUAUCCAGGAGCUUUGUAGACAACUGGAGGAUCUCUGCCCCAGAAAAGAGGAUAUCUUGUCCAUUCUGACGAAGGUGAACUCUGAAGUGAGCAACAGGACGUUGAAAGGCUACAAGCAGAUGCCCGAACCUCGAUAUACCCUCAGAAAGAAACUUAUCCUUCCCAUGGACUGAAGCUUAUUUUGUAUGUCUU